AUGGGGUCUAUAUUUCGUGAAUAUCGUCUGCAUCAUUCUUCGCCGGAUGGGAUCCUCGUGCAACUUCCCGGUCACGGUGGGUUUGGUCGCCUGACAAAGCAAACUCUUGGCGACGACAAACUUGCAGAGUGCCUUUUCAAAAAUUUUUCAGCACGCGAGCAUGUCUCUGCCAUCCUCUGUCGUAACAAGCGGGAUUCACAGGGUUAUCUUCAGCUCACAGUUUUACUAACCGAGGUGUGGAGCGACCUUUAUACCUAUCCCCCUAUGGUUCGUGAGCUUUUGCAGCGACUUCUUAGAAAGCAUUUGCUUGUCGGUCUUGGCACCACAACUGCUGGUCGUGUGAUCAAAAGUAACACCAAGGGGACCGUCCUCACCAUUCCACCAAACUUCACGGCAGUAGCGGCACUCGAGAGGGUGGACGCUAGUCGAGGAGAGGAAGGGGCUCCAUGCACCAGCGAUAACAAGGGUUUGGGUCCCGCGGCAGGAGGGGCGCAGGCAACGGGUGAGCAGCGAGAUCUUCAAGGAGGGGAGUCGAAAGCGAUCAUGGGCGUCUCUCAUGCUAUGCGUGAGGUUCGGAUUUUGAAUUACGAUGUGGAGGCGAAUGUUGUGAACGUGACCUUCAAGACGCAGGUGGUGGAGAACACCCCCUUGGAUACCGCGAUGGCGGCGCUCGCCCUCGCAUCCAUGCCACCCGGCUCGACGGUCACCGCGGGGGUGUUGCUUUCCAACACGGAUGACAGAUGCGCGGUGGUAGAAAUUUUGGCCACCGUUUCGCUUCAGGGCCACCAGCAGUCCUGCAGCAUUCUCGGCUACUAUUUGUUCAACAUGGUGGAUAGUGCGUCGCCGCCUCCGGUGGUCGGCGCCAAGCUCCAACUGACCGUUGAGUUCAGCGCCGAGGUCGCGGCCCUCCAGGCGGUACUUCCUUUCGUGGUCCUUUCCAACCGACGCCAGAUGGAUAGCUUUGCAUCCCUCCCUGCUGUUCGUGGGAACGCGUGCCUGGUGCCUGCCAUGUCUUCCUUUUCUUUUGCGUUGUCGGAGCGCAAAGGGGGUGGUGGUUCUAGCACCGGUCUGUUUGGAUGCUUCCCGUGGCGGCAAUCAGAAGAGAGCAAGCAUCCGGGUGACGUUGAAAGCGACGAUGAGUUUGGUGGCGAUGCAGGGAAUCGUGACGAUGGCAAGUCUCGCAUCCGCCGCCGCCGACUUGAGGAAGCUAUUGACGCGUAUGAGCGUGGCAUGGACCAAGCAACCCCAUCCUCUCCAGAGGAAUUUCAGCGCCUCUUACUUGCCAAUCCUAACAGCAGCUACCUAUGGACACAGUACAUGGCCUACUACGUGGGCCUACAGAAAUACGAAGAGGCGAGGCAAAUCGCGGAGAAGGCGCUGAGCACCAUAGGUGUGAGAGAGCAGGAUGAGCGCCUGAAUGUGUGGGUGGCCUAUCUUAACCUGGAGAAUUUGUACGGCACUGCGGAAUCCCUUGCGCUUAUUUUCAAGCGUGCCAUUCAGCGACAGCUGAAUCCCUUUGUUUUACACGAGCGUCUCGCGGAUAUCUAUGCGGCGUCUAACAAGCCAAACCAGCUCCUUGCGUUGUGUCGGAACAUGACAAGCAAGUUCCGUAAUGAGCGCACGGCAUGGGAGCGGCUCGGUAUCACCCUUGUCGAUCAGAACAAACGUGACCAGCUUAAGCGUGUUAUCAAAGAUAUAAGUAGUACGCUCAAGAGGAAUGAAGCUGCGUUAGCGAUCGUCCACAUUGCCAUCCAUGAAUAUAAAAAGGGUAGUGUUGAGAGUGGCCGUGCACUGUUUGAGACUUUUCUGGCGAAAUCACCAAAGAAGACAGAUAUCUGGUCUACGUACCUAGAUCAGGAGCUUGGACUCCUAACCCGUCGCGCACCGGAAUCAUCUGUGACCCAUGUUCGCACCCUUUUUGAGCGAGCAGUGUCGAUGAGCUUCAGCGCCAAGGUUACGCAUCAGAUUUUGUCGCGCUUCCUGAACUUUGAGAUAGGUUACGGAACGCCAGAAAAUGUGGAAAAGGUAAAGGAGCGUGCGAGGGCUUAUGUGAGUGCGAAAAUUCAAGCAGUGACAGGUACGACUAAUGCUGUUGGAGGCUCGACUAACUGA